AUGUCAUUCCUCAGCCCGAAAUCGCUGGCGACGCUGGUGGAAUCUGCCGUGUCUGUUCAGUCGCCCCGCCUGGGCCGCGCCGCCCACGCCCGGAUCAUCAAAACCCUAGGCCUAGCCCUAGAGGGAUUCCUCUCCAAUCAUCUCAUCCACAUGUACUCCAAGCUCGACCGCCCCGACUCUGCCCGCGCCGUCCUCUCCCUCACCCCGCUCCACUUCCGCUCCGUCGUCACCUGGACCUCCCUCAUCGCCGGCGACGUCCAAAACGGCCAUUUCUCCGCCGCCAUCUCCAGCUUCACUACCAUGCGCCGCGAGGGCCUCCGCCCCAACGACUUCACCUUCCCUUGCUUGUUCAAAGCGACUGCCGCGCUGCACGCGCCGCUCCUCGGGCAGCAGCUCCACAGCCUCGCCGUGAAGCUCGUGCUGAUCGGUGACGCGUUCGUCGCGUGCAGCGCGUUCGACAUGUACAGCAAGACGAGGUUUUUGAGUGAUGCGGAAAAACUGUUUGAUGAAAUGCCGCAGAGAAACAUAGCGAUGUGGAACGCGAGCAUUUCGAAUGCGGUGUUAAACGGGAAGCCGCGUGAGGGGAUUUUUAGGUUUCUGCAGCUCCUCCACGACGGCGAGGCUGCUCCGAAUCAUAUUUCUUUCUGUGCAUUCUUGAACGCGUGCUCCGACGGCCGGUUCUUGGCGCAAGGGCUGCAAUUGCACGGAUAUCUGAUCAAAGAGGGGCACGAAGCCGACGUCUCCGUCGCAAACGGGCUGGUCGACUUCUAUGGAAAGUGUGGCGAAGUUAGCUUCUCAGAGAGAGUGUUUGAGAAGAUGAGCGAGCGUAAUAAAGUCUCAUGGAGUUCUAUGUUGGCCGUGUUCGAACAGAACGAUAUGGGAGAGAUGGCCUGCAACUUGUUUCUGAGGAUGAGGAGGGCAAGCGUCGAGCCUACGGAUUUCAUGGUCUCGAGUGUGCUCAGCGCGUGCGCAAGCUUGGCUGCACUCGAGACAGGGAGAGUGAUCCACGGCUUGGCAGUGAAGGCCUGUGUGGAUGACAAUAUAUUCGUAGGGAGUGCCCUCGUUGACAUGUACGGCAAAUGUGGGAGCAUCGAGGACUGUGAGAGGGCCUUCUUCGCAUUGCCUAGGAGGAAUUUGGUGUGUUGGAACGCGUUGAUUGGUGGAUACGCUCAUCAAGGGCGUGCAGACAUGGCGUUGGACAUGUUCGGGGAGGUGAUCAAGAGAAGGGAUUCCGAGGGUUUGGUUCCUAACUACGUCACCUUCGUGUGCGUGCUGAGUGCUUGCAGCAGAGGUGGGAUGGUGAAGGCCGGGAUGGAGGUGUUCGACUCCAUGAGGGAGAAGCACGGUGUCGAGCCUAGGGCAGAGCAUUACGCGUGCGUGGUAGAUAUGCUAGGGCGGGCCGGGCUGGUGGAACGUGCCUAUGAAGCGAUCAAGGAGAUGAGCAUUAUACCUACUAUCCCUAUAUGGGGAGCUCUACUAGGUGCUUGUAAAAUGCAUGGUAAACCGGAGCUAGGCAAGAUUGCAGCUGAGAAUCUAUUCAAACUUGAUCCUCAAGAUUCCGGGAACCACGUUGUCCUCUCGAACAUGCUUGCUGCUGCGGGGAGGUGGGACGAGGCCAACGUGGUGAGGGAGGAGAUGAAGGAGGUGGGGAUCAAGAAAGGGGCGGGAUGCAGUUGGAUAUCCGUGAAGAAUGUAGUCCAUGUCUUUCAAGCGAAAGAUGCAUCACAUAGUCGAAACGCUGAGAUUCAAGCGAUGCUGGGUAAACUGAAGCGCGAUCUCAAGGCUGCUGGGUACGUAGCUGAUACGAAGAUGGCUCUGUACGAUUUGGAGGAGGAGGAGAAGGAGUCGGAGGUGUGGUCCCACAGUGAGAAGCUCGCGCUUGCUUUUGGCCUCGUCGCGCUCCCUCCAGGCGUCCCGAUAAGGAUCACCAAGAAUCUUAGGAUCUGUGUGGAUUGUCACAGUGCUAUCAAAUUCAUAUCAAGGAUUGUUGGCAGAGAGAUUAUAGUGAGAGAUAACAACAGGUUUCAUCGCUUUGUGGAUAACCAGUGCUCCUGUGGUGAUUAUUGGUGAACACAUUUGAUGCUACAUGAUUGAUAUCCGAUUCAGCUUUCCAACAUUGAGUUCUCGAUUCCAAACCAAAAUAAACGAAAGUUCAGAUCAUUUUUCUAGAAGAUUUCAAAGUUCGGAUCAUAAACUUCAAAUGACGAUGUCCCUAGUUCAGACACUGAUACGGAUUGUGAAGCACGUUGACAAGAACUUCUAGAAACUUCUAGAAGAGACCAUGAGGCUCUUGGCUCUCAGAUUCGCUGCAUCAACCUGCUUCAAGAGUGUUAUCACCGAAACGCUGAUGAUUAGGGUGCACAGAAUGAGAGGACCUGACACUGUAAAAUAAAAUGGAUUGAUUGCCGCACAGAAUUUUUUUAUGAACAAUUCAUUCUUUCGUUUUUUCUUUCUCCUCAAUGUAUGUUUUUACUCUCAUGGAGUCUUGGAAAAUGAUAUACAGCAUUGAAGGUCAUGUUUGGUAAAU